AUGGCCAUUUUAACGACCCGAGAAGCGACGCUAAAAGAAGGGUACCUUUUCAAGCAGAGUAGAACUGUUUGGAAAUUAUGGAAAGCACGAUUUUUCAUCCUUAAAACGACUGGUUUGUUCUAUUACAAGAAGAAGAGUUACUGCACCGGUCUGGCGCUUGGGGUGAUAUCAUUGAAAGACAUUUCAAUGCAAGUUGACGAGGUUGGCGAUCGAAGGAGAAAGUUCUGCCUAAAGAUUAACGCAGAUGGGAAGAACUUUUCUCUUUGUUGCUUUUCCGAGGACGAAAGAAACUCGUGGAUGACAGCCAUAUUAACAGCUGUUACAUCGUAUGUUAUCAACCAUUACGAAGGAGCGAAAACCGACGAGAUCAGUUACAUGACAAGAGGUAAAAGUCUAUCGCGCUCCAAGUCUUUCGAUGCAAUCACUGGCGCGAAGCUUAAUCCUCCGAAAGCUUCAACCCUGAGUACCAGCGCUACUGAUCUAGAUCGCAUAGUGUUGCGAGAUGCGAAGUCAACUCCGCUCCCGAAAAGAAAGCAAAAAGCAUUCUCCCAUUGGGAUUUCAAAUGGAGAAACAGCUACAUAAGCUUUGACGUGAUUUGA